AUGCUUCUCCUGAAGCACCAGAUCAUAGACGCCGGGGCUACUUGCGGCACCCGCGCCAUACUCGGCCUUCACCUGGAGAAGGCUUUCGAUAACAUCCAACAGUCGGCAACACUUAAAGCGAUCGCAUACUUAGGGCUCGGGCGCCGGUUCUACGAGUUCGUCCGCUCCUUCCUAACCCGUCGCAAGGCAGUGCUCCGUGCCGGAGACCUCACGUCGGAAGAAGUCGAGCUCAGACAGCGUGGCACCCCCCAGGGCUCCGUCCUCUCGCCGACGCUGUUCAACCUGGUAAUGAUUGGGCUCUCCGAACGCCUCUCGAAGAUACAAGGCCUCAACCAUACGGUACACGCGGACGACACCAUCACCAUCUGGUGCUCCGCGGGGUUGGACGGCUUUAUCGAAUCCUCUCUGGAGGAGGCAGUCGAAACUGCCGAAUCCUACCUCGACCACGCGGGCCUCAAGUGCUCCUCCGCCAAAUCGGAGCUGUUGCUGUACAACCCACAACGACAAGGCAAAAGGACUAAUGGAUGGAAACCACCGUCCGCACCAGAGACGGACGCCCAAUCCCCAGGGUCGACUCCAUCCGAGUACUGGGAAUGA